AUGACUUCACGCUUGACUUCACGCCUGAACGCCUUCAUAUCUGCCUCCAGAAUAGCAUAUCGAUCCUUUCAACCCACCUCUAGAAGAUCCUUCGUCAGUUUACCAGUGGAAACCCUCAUCGACGAGGAGACGCUUCCUCACUAUGACCCGAGGCAAUUCUACCCCGUACGCAUUGGAGAUGUAUUCGAUGAUAGGUAUCGGGUCACCGGCAAGCUUGGUUAUGGAGCCCACUCGACGAGUUGGCUAUGUCACGAUAUUCGAAGCCAAAGCUAUGCCGUACUAAAGGUAUCUACAUCACUUCGAGGUCUCCCUAAUGCGACCGAUCGCGAAUUCCGGGUUUAUGAGCACCUUGCAAAAGUCAAUCUAUCACACCCAGGACAGUCGAUGCUUCGGGAGCUGUAUGACUCCUUCGAGCUUCGGGGCCAUGCUGGCAGUCACCGGUGUCUUGUCUUACAACCGAUGCAUAUGACACUUCUGGAGAUGAUGAGACUAAAUCCAAGGCCCUUUGACCUACCUCUCCUCAAGUUGACGUUUAAGCGCUUAUUACUCGCACUUGACUAUUUACACACCGAAGCUAAUGUUAUUCACACUGAUCUCAAAACCGACAAUGUAAUGCUCAGCCUGGAGGAUACUACAAUGCUGGCCGAUUUUGCGGAUAAAGAGAUCAGGCACCCGAUCCCGCGAAAGAGCAUAGAUGAAUCGCGUACCAUAUACCAAAGUCGACAAUUUCGCCCACCGUUGAGAGGUAAAAGCUUCGGUCUUCCAAUCCUUUGUGAUCUAGGGGAAGCAAGGAUCGGGAAAACACAUAACUCGGGGCCUUUUGUACAGCCUGAUAUCUACCGAGCCCCAGAGAUCAUAUUUGAGAUGACCUGGGGGAGUGCUGUUGAUAUUUGGAAACUAGGUGCCUUGACUUGGGAUCUCUUCGAAGGACGACAUCUAUUUGGGAGUAUUUUCGAUGACAAAGGCAACUACGACCCCUUCAAACACCUUGCGUCGAUGGUCGCAUUGAUUGGCCCACCGCCGCCUGAUUUUAUCCAGCGCAGUGAAACAACGGGGCAGUGCUUUGAUCGCAAUGGCAUUUGGACUGCUCAUGAAGACACGGUCGUGCCGCGGGACUCCCUAGAAAAUCUAGAAAUGCGACUCUCCGACUAUGAAAAGGAAUCGUUUCUUCGUUUCCUUAGGUCUAUGCUCAAGUGGCUACCCGAAGAGCGCAUGACCGCAAGGCAGCUGCUUGAUGAUCCGUGGCUGCUCUAA